UGGGAAAGAUUUUACUGUGAAAGCUUCCCUAAAAAUGCAUCAGGUCAUCCACACCGGAGAGAGACCAUUCAGCUGUGGAGAUUGUGGAAAGUCUUUUACCAGGUCUGGACACUUAAAAACACACCAACUCAUCCACACUGGAGAGAGACCUUUGAGCUGUGACGAGUGUGGAAAGUCUUUUACCCAGUCUGGAAGCUUAAAAAGACACCAACUCAUCCACACUGGAGAGAGACCAUUCAGCUGUGGAGACUGCGGGAAGUCUUUUACCCACUCUGGAAGCUUAAAAACACACCAACUAAUCCACACUGGAGAGAGACCAUUCAGUUGUGAUGAGUGUGGAAAGUCUUUUACUCACUCUGGGAACUUAAAAACACACCAACUGAUCCACAGUGGAGAGAGACCGUUCAGCUGUGACGAGUGUGGAAAGUCUUUUACGCACAUUUCACACUUAAAAACACACAAACUCAUCCACACUGGAGAGAGACCGUUCAGCUGUGAUGAGUGUGGAAAGUCUUUUAACCACUCUGGAAGAUUAAAAACACACCAACUUAUCCACAGUGGAGAGAGACUGUUCAGCUGUGAUGAGUGUGGAAAGUCUUUUACCCACUCUGGAAGCUUAAAAACACACCAACUCAUUCACACUGGAGAGAGACCGUUGAGCUGUGGAGACUGUGGAAAGUCUUUUACCCUCUCUGGAAACUUAAAAAGACACCAACUCAUCCACAGUGGAGAGAGACCUUUGAGCUGUGACGAGUGUGGAAAGUCUUUUACCCAGUCUGGAAGCUUAAAAACACAUCAACUCAUCCACACUGGAGAGAGACCAUUCAGUUGUGAUGAGUGUGGAAAGUCUUUUACUCACUCUGGAAACUUAAAAACACACCAACUGAUCCACAGUGGAGAGAGACCGUUCAGCUGUGACGAGUGUGGAAAGUCUUUUACGCACAUUUCACACUUAGAAACACACAAACUCAUCCACAGUGGAGAGAGACCGUUCAGCUGUGAUGAGUGUGGAAAGUCUUUUACCCACUCUGGAAGAUUAAAAACACACCAACUCAUCCACAGUGGAGAGAGACUGUUCAGCUGUGAUGAGUGUGGAAAGUCUUUUACCCACUCUGGAAGCUUAAAAACACACCAACUCAUUCACACUGGAGAGAGACCAUUGAGCUGUGGAGACUGUGGAAAGUCUUUUACCCUCUCUGGAAACUUAAAAAGACACCAACUCAUCCACAGUGGAGAGAGACCGUUCAGCUGUGACAAGUGUGGAAAGUCUUUUACCCACUCUGGAAACUUAAAAACACACCAACUAAUCCACACUGGAGAGAGACCGUUCAGUUGUGGAGACUGUGGAAAGUCUUUUACCGAGUCUGGAAACUUAAAAAGACACAAACUCAUCCACACUGGAGAGAGACCGUUCAGCUGUGGAGACUGUGGAAAGUCUUUUAUGCACAUUUCACACUUAAAAUCACAUCAACUCAUCCACACUGGAGUUAAAGCGUACACCUGUGAUCAGUGUGGCAGAGCUUUUACUCACAGUAACAGCUUACAGAGUCAUCUAGUUACCCACUCUGGAAUUAAGGCAUACAGCUGUGAUCAGUGUGAUAAACCGUUUGCCACAAACACACAGUUACGACGUCACAUGUUUACCCACACUGAGGAACGACCUCAUAAAUGUGGCCUUUGUGAGAAGACUUUUAAAUCUCCACGUUACCUGAAAGCACACCAACAGAUCCACACCAGAAAGACUCUACAAGUGCAGUUACUGUGAAAAGUUCUCAACCCUGUCAUCGCUGUGGGAAAGACUUUUGUUGUGACCUUUGUGGAAAAACUUUAAGUCAUUGAAGGACUCUGAAAAUACAUCAACGUAGACACACUGGAGACAAAAUGAACUACUGUAAAGAAUGCGGGAGAGGCUUCACCACUUCAAAGGACUUCAAACAAUAUGAACUCCUUCACAGUGGUGUUAAAAAGCAUGUCUGCGAUCAGUGUGGGUCAUCCUUCAUCAGUGCACGUCAGCUUGAAAAGCAUAAAUGAGUCCACACAUGAGAGAAACCAUACAAGUGCAGACACUGUGACAAAACCUUUUCACAAUCAUGUGAUCAUACUAAGCAUGAACGCAGACACAUGAAAGAGAACUUCAUCACGGCGCCCCCCGUGUGCGGCAGCCUGUUACAGCAGCUCUGCUCGUUCUGAGUUUCUUUCUUAUCUUUUUCUUCUCGUAAUUUUUUAUAACUAACGUA